CAACGAUCAAUAAGACCUUUUAUAUUCAUUUUUGUCGUUUAACUACAGCCAUGUUACUUUUUAUUGUUUUGAUUAUUUCAAGUAACCAAAGUUCUGCAUCAUCUAAAUGCAACACAGCUUGUCCACCAGAUAAGCCCUACUGCAAUGAAGUUGUUGGGUGUAUCUCCGAAUGCCCAGAGCCAUUCUACAUCAACGGCAAUAAUUGCGUCUCGGAUUGUGGUGAAAUGUUUGUUGAUGAACAUAGAAACUGUAUCAGUUCUUGUCCGGAAAAUACAUUUUAUAAAGAAACUCUCAAACAAGGUAUGUCCAUGCCGUAUUUAGAAAGAAAAUGUGUCAGGUGUAACAAAUUCGACGAGUUCGUUUCCAAUGCAUCAUGUGUUAAACUAUGCCCUUCUGACUCAAGGUACAUCGAUAAAAAAAAUUGCGUUUCGGAAUGUCCAAACGACCAAUCUUUUAGGAUGAAUACCACUAUCUCUGGUUUGCUUCAUCAUACAUGCGUCGGAAAAUGUCCACGUUUGGAAGAUGACGGCUUCUGUCGAAACAGUUGCCCCCAAAAUAAAGUUGCAUUUAAUUCGUCUUGUUAUGAAGAAUGCCCGCCGUCAAGCCCUUUCAUAUCUUCAAAAACUUGUCAAACAAAAUGCACAGACGAUGCUCCUGCUGCUGGGUUUGACAGUAAAACGUGUGUACAUCGGAAAUGUCCAGAUGAAAGACCUUUUGUUGUUAAUAGCACAUGCGUUGAUAAAUGCCCGAGCGAACUUCAUUUUAUUUAUUCAACCUACAAUGGCAAUGGUGGUUUUAAAUACUGUGUAAAAGAUUGUGCGAAUAAAUACAAGUUCAAGUUCAGUGAUCAGUGUGUUGAUACUUGUCCUUUAGGUACUGUAGCAGUUAAUAAUACGUGUCUUGAAAAGUGCCCUAGGAAUACUUCUUACUCGUGUGUGAUUAAAAAGGGAUUUCAAUGUGGAGAAAAACAGGAGCAAAAGUUUGACCAUGCGAUAUGUGUAGAUGUCUGUCCUCGGCCAAUGUUAAGAUGGAGGAAAACUUGCGUAUAUUCCUGCCCGCGUGGGGUUCCAUUAAUUGAAAAUGAAUGCACUGAGAAAUGUCCAAUAGACUAUCCGUAUGAACGAAAUAUUUCAAAAACAACAAAUUGCUACAGCAGGUGGUGUGAAAAAGUUGAAAGUGUUUUAACAUGUAUCAAAGAAUGUCCAUCGGAAAAUUACAUAUCAAACUAUGCUUGCCUCUCUUACUGCCCUUCUUUUUUAUUUCAUAAAGAAAGAGACUGUGUGUUAAAGUGUCCUGCAUCAGAACCAUUAGUACAAAAUGUAACAAUUACCUUACAUAACUGGUCGUAUCAUAACUAUUAUUUUUACAGCCGAAAAUACACUCAAACAGAAUCAAACACAAUUAUGCAGAAAUGUGUCACUGUCUGUGAUAAAGAAAUGGUGCGUUUCAAUUUCACGUGCAUCACUUCUUGUCCAGAAGAUUAUCCAAUAAUUCAGAAUGGAUCAUGUUCACAACAAAAGUGCGAGACGAAAUACUCUGAGAAUAUUUCAGCUGGAAUAAUUUGUGUCGAAAAAUGCAAACCUCACCAGUUUGUUUUGAACGAAACAUGUGUGAAUACUUGUCCAGAUACCUACUUAUAUUUUAAUGGAACUUGUGUUGACCGUUGUCCACGAAGCCAUAAUUAUACUGGCGUUUCUGUUGUAAAUGAAACAUGUCACUCAACCAAUAAUUAUUGCACAGGUAAUAUCAUACUGAAUUGCACUGAAUCAUGUCCUGAUGGAUUUUUCGAAUACAAUGGAACAUGUGAAAGAUUUUGUCACACACCUCUGUUUACCACUGAAAAUAAAUGCGUAGCAUCAUGUCCAACAGGUGCACCAUACCAAGAAACAUCGUCUAUUUCAGUUACUAAUAGGACGUUUAAUAGUGAUGGUAUACAUUUUUGGAAAGAGAAUGUUGUUCAAAGCAUCGUAAAAUGUAAAGCAAAGUGCUCAGACGAUAAAUUGAUAUUAGAUUCAAAAUGCGUUUUAGAAUGUCCGGAUGAUAUGUACGUGUUAGCUCGGAACUGCAUAACUAAAUGUCCUUCAACACACGGCCUAAUUAACAUUAAAACCAUUGUAAAUCAUCAAUAUAAUUGUACAUAUGGUUUGUGUGCUAAGGGUGUUAUAGACCUAAAGGAAUGUCGCGAAAAUUGUCCUGAAAACAAGUUUCUUUUUAAUAACACAUGCCAUGACAUUUGUUUGAUCAACACUUCGAUAUAUAAAAACACUUGUGUUGCCAUUUGCCCACAGUCUCAUCCAUAUACCGAGCCGGCUACCACAUCGAUUUUAAAAUGGACAAGAGGGCAUAGGUUUUGGAACAAAUGGUACAUUAUGUCUGAAGAUCAUAAAGUAAACAAUUGUGUUUCACAGUGUUCAAAUAACUAUCCGUUACAAUUUAAUUACUCUUGUAUUAAGAAAUGUCCCGGCGAAUGUCCAUAUUUAGUUGAUAAUACUUGUGUUGAGAAGUGUCCAGAAAGUAAAUUAACUGAUAUCAGAACGAAACAGUGUGUGGAUAAUUGUGCUAAUGAUACAGGAUAUUUUAAUAAAUCAUGUCAUUAUAACUGUCCAGAAACCGUCAGAUACAUUUUUGAUUCAAGAUGCGUUUCACAGUGUCCAUCCUCCGACCCAGUAGCUUUGAAAGAAGAUAGAUUUAUAUGCCGAAAGUCAUGUGGAGAUUUAAAACUAUUCAAAGAUGGGAAAUGUGUGUAUAUAUCUGAAUGUGAAGAUCCAAUGUUUGAAUACGGUGUACUAUGUCUUCAUAGAUGUCCCGAAGGAUUUGUAUGGUUUGACAACUGCAAAAAUACAUUGCCGGUAAAGAUUGCUCUAGCGGUUCUGGCUGUACUAGUUGGACUACUAUUUGCUUUAAGUCGACAGCGUUUACUGGACUUCGCACACGUUCUGAGGCUAACAUUCCUUUCAGUGGAAAAGAUAGCAGAAAUGGAAAAGCAGUUGCAGCACCAGUGUUCGAAAUCCAAACACAAAAUGAAUAAAAAGGACGACGAAAUCUCACUUCAAGAGUUUGUUCUGCACCCUGAAAAUUGAAAUUGAAAAUAUAGACUACAACCUAAAUGCCUGUACGAUGAAAUUUACCUUCAUUGAUAUUGAUACAUUUUGAUUUUGACGCACGAAAGGUCAGUUUUUAGACCCGCCUUUCGAUUAGAGAUAUCAGAAUGAUCUGCUUUUAAAUUACCUUGUUUUGUACCAUUGUCUGUAAUAUCCAUUCAGAACGGCUUUGUGGUGACAUGGUGUCCCGUCAGACAAUUGAGGUUCAGUAUUCACGCAGUGCUACUUUUUAUUGAAAAAAAAUGAGGUCAUUCAUUUUAUGAUUUAAUUUUUUUCGUUAUUACUUCCAUGUAUUGGUAAAUAUCAUUUCAGUGCAAACUACCAUUCAUAAUGCUUCGUCAGCGGUAUCUGUAGUUUUGCCGGCUGUGAUCCCUGGAGUCAACGUGACAAGCACAAAGUUUCCAAUCCAAGCGAUAGACACAAUUGUGUAUUCAAUAAAAUAUGUUAUAGAUCUACUAAAUUUGAGAAAAAACAUUACAAUACGCAACAGACUUCCGUAUGAUUUCAUCUUACCCAUACCUCUUAUAAGAAUACAUGAAUGCAUAUAUCGCUAUGUUAAAGAUGAAAAUUUUUAGAAUAAAAAAUGUUAAAAAUAUAGCGACGCUGUUGGAUAUCU